GACUGAGAUAUUCUCUGAAGAUUCUCUUUUUUUUUUUUUUCAUAAAAAUUACUUUUGCAAAAAUAUUUAUGAAUAAAUUGAGUAAAAGCAAAAUUUGUUAAAUAGUGUUUACUAUUAAUUAUCUAUCUAUUUAUUAACAAAGUAUAGAGAGAAGAUUAAUAUUUCACGAUAAGCUCCGACGAUAUCUCUAACAAAUGCUGGAAAUUUUUCUUAUGUAAAGAAUAUAUUUCCUUCCGUGUUUUACGAGAAAAAAAGGGGGUGAAAAGAAUGAAGGACGGUAAAUGGAACGAUCGGGUGACAUUGAAUGUGGGUGGCAUUCGACACGAGACGUAUAAAGCGACACUGAAGAAAAUCCCGGCGACCAGAUUAUCGCGAUUGACGGAGACCUUAGCGAAUUACGACCCAGUAUUGAAUGAAUACUUUUACGACAGACAUCCCGAUGUUUUCGCACAGGUGCUCAAUUAUUAUCGCACGGGAAAGCUGCAUUAUCCAACGGAUGUGUGCGGUCCGCUCUUCGAGGAGGAAUUGGAGUUUUGGGGUCUUGACUCAAAUCAGGUAGAACCAUGCUGCUGGAGCACGUAUAGCAUUCACCGAGACACGCAAGCCACCCUGGCAAUCCUCGAUAAGCUCGACAUCGAGGGCGAGAAGCUCGACGACGAGGAAAUCGCGCGAGCUUUCGGCUUCGAGGGGAAGUACCACGAGGGUACCUUAACCAAAUGGCAGAGAUUACGAUCUCGCGUUUGGAUUCUUUUCGGCGAACCGUACUCGUCGUCGACAGCCAAGUGCGUAGCCUGCGCCUCCGUAUUCUUCAUCUGUCUGUCAGUUUUAUGUUUCUGCUUGAAGAGCCACAUGCCGAAGAAUAAGCACGAUCGUGAAGAAUUACUGGAGAAACGUUGGAACGAUAUCGCCACUGGUUCCCAUCGAGCAUUUUUUUAUCUGGAACACGCUUGCAACGCUUGGUUCACCAUAGAAAUAGCGCUCCGCUGCCUCGUAAGCCCUAGCCUAAGGCGUUUCGUCGUGUCGCCGGUCAAUGCGAUCGAUCUGGUGGCGACGAUGAGCUUCUAUACCGAGUUCCUGGCAGAACCGAACCUUUACCUGGAGCUUCUGUCGAUAGCACGCGUUCUACGGCUAUUCAAGUUGACGAGACAUUCGCCUGGACUUAGAGUACUCAUCCAUACCUUUAAAGCGUCCGCCAAAGAGCUGGUUUUACUAGUCUUCUUUCUUGUGUUGGGAAUCGUGCUUUUUGCCAGUCUCAUAUUCUAUGCCGAACGCCUGCAGGAAAAUCCCAACAACGAUUUUGACAGCAUACCGCGUGGUUUAUGGUGGGCUUUGGUCACUAUGACCACCGUAGGCUACGGCGAUAUGACACCGAAAACUUUCCCCGGGAUGUUCAUUGGCGGAUUAUGCACGCUCGCGGGUGUCCUCACUAUCGCUCUUCCGGUUCCGGUUAUUGUCAGCAAUUUUUCCAUGUUCUACUCGCAUACGCAGGUGCUCGCGCUAUAACAAGUCCUCGUUUACCAAUAUUUUUACAUCACAAAUGUCUCACACGCACGUGGCAAACUACCGAAACAGAGAAGGAGAAUUCUACCUGUUACUCCGAGACGAACGAGGCCAUCGUAUUAAAGUUACGCCGACAUCAAGGAUCACCAACUUUUGAGGAG